AUGGGACUUAAACGAAUGACUCGCCAUCGAACGCCGGCCUCUGCGCCCUGCCCGCAUUGUGGACGUGCGUUUGCCAGAAACGACAGCUUGAUUCGUCAUCUCAAGACGCACACGAGCCAUAUCGAGGAGCGACCUUUUCAUCGUAUAAUCAACGAGAAAUUCCGAGCAUGCGACCAUUGCCGCCGCUCGAAGAUCAGGUGUACAGGGGAUAUUCCAUGUGCAAGGUGCGAAGUCCUCCACAAAAAUUGUAGCUACGAGCACAAGAACACGGUUAGCAAGGCAUCUACCACGCCACCACCCACGGGUUCCACCCAAGAACAAGAACCAGAGUCAAGCACUUUGUUAUCAGCAGCAAGCCCCUCAACUAGCACUCGCGAGGAGAUACAUGGCCUAGAUGGACCUAGUCAGCUCCUGCUCGAUAUAUCGGCUGUUACGGACGAAGAAGCGGUGCCUCCGAAAACCACGAGCACUGUGGGCGUAUCUUCUCCCGUGAGCACGCGGAGUUUGCUACCAAUUGUCAGCAUCGAGGCCGAAGAUACUCAGACAUCGUUCUUUGCUAACAAGACCUUUGCUUUUACCAAGUCCACAUGCGUUUCCCCAACAUUCCACAUUUUGGAUCCUUACAGCUAUAAACUUCCAUCGAUCGCCGAUUCGAGAGAACCACCCACUCCUAGGGCACAACCCUUGGGAAACUGCAACUAUCCUGUCUUGCAGUACUUGGACCCAUUCAUAGAUGUGGAUUUCGGAUCCAAAUUGGCUUGUGAUCUACUGGAUACAUAUUUUUCGAGCGCCUUCUCCAGCCGCAUGCAUCCGACAUGCCACCAUCUUCACAACUUCAUCUUACGCAAGUCAGAUGUUCUGCACCCACUGCAUCCCCGCAAGACUCACCCAGCUCUUUUGGCCAGUAUGCUCUUUGUGGCCGCUUUGAGUGACAAGGCCUUGGGUCUGUUCAAUGGACCCGAAGAACGUGACCGAGUCUGCAAGUAUCUGAGUUUGGUCACGUAUCGUCUUCUCAACCCUUCUCGAUAUGAGCCUUUAUUGAGCCAAGAAGAUCUUGGGUUGCCCCCUGCAGCCGAAUCAGCGUCAGGGUGGACAAACGAGGACUUGCGUAGAGCGCUUCUCUCGCAACAACACUCCGAUUCAUUCCCCGUUUCAUGGCCGACAGACUAUAUCAUUGCUCUGAUUCAUGUAUCGUCUGUGAUAAGUGGAAGUGAGAAGAAGGCUGCGAGCAUUCGAUGGUAUUGGCACAGGUGGAACGUGGCUUUUAACCUAGCCAGAGACCUGAAGCUCAAUCAAGAAGUGGAAAUUUAUAAUCCAUAUCCUGCAUCAGUCAAUCAUACCUUCAACUGUCAAUGCACGGUCGGUCCAGAAGUUGGACCAGACACCAUCUCGGAGGUUCAUCGAGAGGAACGGCGACGAACUUGGUGGCUUCUCUUCCUUAUGGAUCGGCAUCUCGCUCUUUGCUAUAAUCGGACCUUAGCCCUGCUUGAGGCCGAAUGUCGAGACCUGUUACUCCCUCUCGAUGAUAUAACUUGGCAAAAUGCAAGCCAGUUGCAUAGUCAUGGAAUAAAAGCUAAUGGGCCUCGAUGUAUGCUGCUCCCUAUGGGGACGGGGCGCAUGAAUGGACCUCCGAUCACUUGUACUGGACCUGGGCUCUUCGAAUUCUUCCUACCACUCAUGACAACAACAGGCCAUCUGCUGGAUUAUAACCGGGCAAAAAACAAUCCAAUUCUAGCAGCCACCGGGUCCUCGAUUUGGAGUACCCAGGAGGGACAGAUCCUUCGCCAGCUCGACCUGUACCAGGCAAGUCUGGACAGUCUUUCUGGCACGAUGCAUCUCAUGCAUAGACGUGGGUCGGAAAAGGAGGGAACGUGGUCGACCUCACCAACCAGCCUCGCCGAGGAUUCCGAGGGAAGUCAUAUCGCCCGAACAGUUACAGCGUAUGCUAAACAUGUUCUUUGCGUUCUCCGUAUUCUCAUCUCCUCUAAGUGGGAUCCCCUUUAUCUUUUCGACGAUUCUGACCUCUUCACCUCGUCACUAUCAUUCAAAGACUCGAUAUCACACACCAUGGCAGCCUCCGAAUGUGUGACGCAGAUACUAGAAGAAGACCCUGAUAUCUCGUUUAUGCCAUACUUUUUCGGGAUCCAACUUCUCCACGGCAGCCUGCUCCUGCUCCUAGUCGCAUAUCGUCUCCAGGUAGACUCUGGCACUGCCAUACUUACAGCGUGUGAAGCGGUCAUCCGAGCCACAGAGGCUUGUUUUGUGACUCUUCCAACGGACUAUCAGCGCCAGUUCCGCAAUGUUAUGCGGUCUGCCAUUGGCCUCGCGAAAGGCAGGAGAAGCGAUCCGGCCGACACAGAGAAACAGUUGACAUUUGUCCUCGCGAGGUAUAGGUGGUCGAGAAAUGGCGCAGGGCUCGCCCGUUGA